CCGAGCUCAGUGUUAAUCGAGCCGCUCGAUAGUACAACUGGCUUACGAUGUUGUUAUAAGACUGGUACUUUGUGUUCGAUCAGAUCAAUAAACAUCAUCGCACGUGAGAAACACCGGAAUUGGUUUCUUCAUCGACGUUUUCUUUCGAUCAAUGAUGUAACCACGUAAAGUACAAAGCGCGGAGGAUGGCGAGUGAUUCGGCGUCACCGACGCCGAAAAAAACUGUACUAAUGGAACGGAUCAUCGACAUGGAGGACGUGACGACCUCUCCUGUCCCGGCCACGCCGAAACGCACGACCUCGACGUCGUUGUUGCUGACGCGUUGGCUCGUGGCGAGAAACGCGUCUCGCUCGAAACCGGAAACGAGUUGGCCACCGAACGAACGGAGCCUGGAUUACGGAACACCGCCGCCCAUUGAGGAGCCGCACUGCUACUCCAUGUGUCCCAGCGAGAGUUCCUGCACCGAGGAGAUGAAUUGCAUGUUGCAGGUCAACAAAGACAUAAUCAGGAACCUCUUGACAGAGCAUAUGAGGAGCGUGGGCGGUCGGUUGCAGCUCCUAAGCGAUCUAGAGACAGACAAGCUGGACUUGACCAGUUCUCAACGCGUCGAGAAAUUCUACAAGCGCCACGAGAUAAAUACGCUCCUGUUGCACGCCAGUUUCAUAGGUCGACUAGAUCUUAUGGCUAGUCUUCAUGAAGCUGGGGCCGACUUAAAUUAUUCCGAGCAGGAGCAAGGUCUCUCCCCGUUGCACUUGUGUGCGUUUAACAAUUCGCUGGAAGGGGUGCAAUAUCUGUUAAAUAACGGAGCGAUUAUAAGUCUAGAUCAAACUCAUACGCCUUUCUACUAUGCUGCUUUUGGUAAUGCCCUGAAAGUCGCUCAGUACUUCCUCCAACUGGGUAUCAGCCAGGAGUCACCUUGCGCGGAAGAGACCGUGCUACACGCGGCAGCCAGAUCGAACGCUCUGGGCGUGCUGAAACUAUUAGCGCCGCACAAUCCGACUCUGAACAAGUUGGAUUGUAACGGGUACGGCGUCAUACACCACGCGGCGGACAGUGGAGAUCCAGCUUGUUUAACGGUGCUCUUAAAUGCCAGCUGCCAAAUAGACUUGCCAACCAAAAAAGGCGAUACUGCUUUGCACCUAGCCGCAGAGGCCGGUUGUAUGGAGAACGUGGAAAUUUUGAUCGAAAGGGGCGCGAACGUCCACUUCAAAAACCACAGAGGCCAGACGGCAUUGCACAUAGCCGCUCGAUCACAGUCGCUGGAGUGCGUAGAGCUGUUGCUGAAAAAGGGCGGCUGCGAUCCUGAUAUCGAAGACAACGAUGAGAGAACGGCCCUGCAUCUUGCUCUAGGGAGGUCCUUGUUGGCUUACGAUGUUACAGAAUUCUUAAUCAAAUGGAGGGCGAACAUCAAUAAAACCGACAAGUACGGUUACACACCGCUCCACAUCGCCGCGUUAAAUGAAUUAUCUCAAUGUGUCGAUAUCCUGAUUCAACACGGAGCUGACCUAAGCGCGAGAACGAAGGGCGGCACUAGCGCUUUGUCCAUUAUCCUGCGCAAGACGCCGACAUCUUUGAACGUCUUCAAACAGAGGCUGGACACCUCUAUCACGCUUCAUCAGCACGGAUCAGCGGCAGGUGAAGUUGAGCUGAGGCUAGACUUCCAUCCUCUGUUGAUGCAUCAGAAGCAGGGCGAGAUCAGGUACCUGGGCACAUUCGUGAAGGAAGGUUACAAGGAAAUCCUAGAACAUCCGCUCUGUCAGGCAUUCCUCCAUUUAAAGUGGCAGAAGAUCCGCAAGUAUUACGUGGGAAGACUGAUUUUCUACCUGUUCUACGUCUUGAUACUCACUGGCUGGGUGAUGACCGCUCUCGCGCAUAAUUGUUACAACGAGUCGCAUGGCCAGAUGGACCCUACACAGCCACCGUUGUGCGCGAACACCACUGGCGUCAACGGAUUCCUCUAUAGACAUCCUGCGGUCCUCGAAGUCGAAUGGUACGCGUUAAUGGUGCUGACCAUUCUUGAAGCGAUCCGCAAACUAACCAGCAUACCGACAUAUCUGUCAGUCCGUCAGUUUUUCACCCAGGCGGAGAACAUGGUAGAAUGGUGCGUGAUACUGAGUGUGUUUGCCACGUCUUUCAUAUACACCGGCAGGACUUAUCCGUGGCAAAGCCACGUGGGAGCAUUCGCGGUUCUAUGCGGCUGGAGCAAUUUGAUGUUGAUGAUAGGCCAGUUACCCAUAUUCGGCGCGUACGUGGCCAUGUUCACCAGCGUUCAAGCACAAGUCUUCAAGCUUUUAUUAGCGUACGCUUGCCUCUUGGUAGGAUUCACCGCUAGUUUCUGCGUGAUAUUCCCACGCUCGAAGUCCUUCAGCAGCCCGCACAUCGGCUUGAUCAAGGUCCUUGUGAUGAUGACUGGCGAACUGAAUUUUGAGGAUCUUUUUUUCCCCAGAGAAGAAGAUGGCAAACCUACAGACGUGGGCGGAACCUCUUGGAUACUGCUGCAGGUAUCAGCUCAGUUGUCCUUCGUGCUGUUUCUUUUGUUCGUUACUAUCGUUUUGAUGAAUCUUCUGGUUGGCAUAGCUGUGCAUGAUAUAAAAGGAUUGCAGAAAACUGCGGGCCUAGCGAAACUCGUACGACAGACAAAAUUAAUUUAUGACGUCGAGACCGCGCUUUUUUUGGGUCUGAUGCCCAAACGGCUAACCAAGUUUUUGCGAUGGACCGCUCUCCUGUUACCAUCUCCCCUUAGGGCAGUUUUAACCGUCAGGCCACUUAAUCCGAGGGAGACUAGGUUGCCGAGAGAUUUAUUGUCUGCAGCUCAUAAGAUAGCCAAGGAACGGAAGAACAUGUGCAGCACGCUGUGCAGCAGGAAAAACACCAGCACCGCAUACACCUAUCUCAAGAGCGAGCCCUAUUCGACGGUUAGGAGGAGACCUGCUGUAGAGAGCGAAUGCACAGACGAUUCCACGGUUCAAGGGGAGUUAUCAAUGCUGAAGCAAAUUUGCAAAAGGAACCAAGAGCUUCUUCAGGAUCUCUUGAUGACGCUGAUGGCGGACAAACGAUACGGAACGAAGAAGGAAGAGGAUAAGGGUACCCUGAACGGAAUGGAGAACGAGGGAUUCAAGGAUCUGCCGAAAAUCAACUUGCCAUCGGACAACGACGAGGGAGAAUCGCGAAGUUGUUCGUUCGCCAAUCGGAGGGAUCGUCGAUUGUCGUUCGACGAGAACAACUAUCGACUGACGAAAGAGGAAGGCGACGAGAGAGGCCAUGAGGACGCCGACAGAACGAGUCCAAAGAUAAUGCUGAGUUCAUUGAGCCAUGGAAAGACGACGAGACACUAUUCCUUGACCAGACUAAAGAAUCGUCGCUCCUGCCUCUACGCCGACGAAGAGAAAGACUCGAAGGUGGAUAAGGAGUUCGUGAACGAAGCGAUCAACACUCGACAGGCGACCUUGCAGACACUGAAUCUACCGUUAAGCCGGGAUGGGAAGGCCAGGCAUUGUUCCAUGUCAAAUUUAACCGACCGAUCAAACGACCUUCUGUCCACAAGACUAGCACCCACGUUUAGAUCGGUUAGGUACGGGCAAGCAGGGAACGUGGAGAAGAUCGUAAGCAACGAAGCUCCCCAGAUAAACGUGGUCCAAGAUCGCAUAGAGAUCGACGCGGGCACACCACCGCCGGUCGACGAGUCCCUGUUUUACGACAACCUGGACGUGUUUCGGCAGGCUCACAUCAACGGGAACGACCUAACGUCGAUCAUGUGGUCGAUGAUCACCACCGCGGAGAUGAAGCUGCUGCUCGAGCUGGAAAAGUGCAACGCGUUGCCGGAACUGCCUCCCGGCGAGAGAGUUAAAAACAUCGCGUACGUUUGGUGUUGCUACAGGGGCCUGGCGCACCUGUUGCCGAAAUUGGAGCAGUCCGGCGCGUGUUUCGACUACACCGUUCCAUGCACUGGCAUGAACGCAAUCCUUGCUGCCUCCUUGAGCGGUAACGUAGCCUGCGUCGAGCACCUGAUCAAGAUUGGCGCCGAUGUGAACUGCAGGAACCCGAUCAACCACUACACUCCCCUUCAUUUUGCUAUAUACAGGAACUCGGUAGAUGCGGCGCGGGUGUUGCUGGACAACGGCGCGAAACCGACCACUUAUCUUUACCAGGAGAUCGUCGAGCCGGUGUUGCACUCGGCAAUCAGGUCGGACGCGGUCGAGAUAGUGAAGCUGUUGUUGGAACGCGGCGCGAGCAUCGUCGAGAAGAACCACAUGGGCGAGACAGCCCUUCAUGUGGCCUGCUUCGUGCAGUCGAUCAAAUGCGUCGAGUUGUUGCUCGAUUCCCCUGGCACCAAUAUCAACGCCGUGGACCGGGCGCUCAGGACGCCUCUCCACUUCGCCGUAAUGACCACCUCUUCGUCUGCGAAGCUGGUGGAUAUAUUAUUGAAGCAUGGCGCGCUGGUGAACGCGGCGGAUAGAACCGGCUUCACACCUCUGCACGUGGCCGCGUUGAACGAACAGUCCCACUGCGUUGAUGUCUUAAUUUGGGCAGGAGCGGACGUCAGCGCGACUACCAGCGCCGGCUUGUCCGCGCUGAAUAUCAUACUCAGGAAGAUACCCGAAUCCCUGCAAGUCUUCAGACAGAGGCUGGAUGCGUCUAUCACGCUGAGGAGACCCGUGCCCCACAACAGGGAGUUCGAGAUGAGGCUGCACUUCGAUCUGUUGUUUCCAAGCGGCAACCAGUGCGAGACCAGCUUCAUCAACACGUUCGUCCAAGAACGCCGCAAGGACUUGCUGUCGCAUCCAUUGGUAAUGGCGUUUUUACACCUGAAAUGGGAGAAGAUUCGGAAGUUCUAUCUGCUCAGGAUCCUCCUGUACGCAAUGACGGUGAUCUGUAUGACCACAUACGUGCUCACCGCGUUGGCCUACAAAUGCUAUAACUACGACGAUGCGAGCAGCUCGAAAAUCUGCAACAGCAAACGGCUUUCCGGCUUUCUGUUCAGGCGGCCCGCCAUUGAGAUACAGUGGUACCUAUUGUUCAUCUUCACCUGUAUCUCGAUACCAAGGAAGAUAUUCGGAUUCAUGGUGUACACGUCGGCGAAACAGUACUUCUCGAACAUCGACAAUGUCCUCGACGGUGUGGUCAUCAUCAGCGUGUUCGUCACAUCGUUCGUGUACACCGGCCGUACCUACGACUGGCAGAAUUACGUCGGCGCGUUCGCAAUACUGUGCGCGUGGACCAACCUGAUGCUGAUGGUCGGCCAGUUGCCGGCGUUCGGCACCUACGUGGCCAUGUUCACCCACAUACAGUUCGAGUUCGCGAAAUUGUUGCUCGCUUAUUCCGGGCUGCUAAUUGGGUUCACAGUCAGCUUCUGCGUGAUCUUCGUCGGCGAGCCGUCGUUCGGCAACCCGUUCACUGGACUGAUCAAAGUGCUGGCGAUGAUGGCCGGCGAACUGGACUUCGAGGGUCUUAUCACUCAAAUCGAUCAGGAAACCGAGGGGCCGUUCGUGAUCUAUCAUCCCUUGUCGGUCUGCUCGCAGAUCCUGUUCACGUUGUUCAUUGUGUUUGUCACUGUGAUCCUGAUGAAUCUUCUGGUCGGCAUCGCUGUACACGACAUCCAGGGACUGAGAAACCACGCGGGCCUCACGAAACUCGUACGACAAACCAAGCUGAUCCUCUUCACGGAGAUGGUGCUCCACAACAGCUCGAUACCGUAUGCUUUCCGUAAAUGGAUGUCAGACCAUAAAAUCAACGUUGAGAACAGAAAGAGGGUGCUGGUGGUGAAGCCGCUGAACCCGUUGGAGAAGAGGCUACCCAAGGACAUUCUGAAAGCGGCGUACGAGAUCGCGCAAAAGAAUAUACCGUUCAUGAACGAUGACAGCGUCAGCCUUAGCGAUCAUGUGAUGUGGAUGAGGCAGCAGAGCGAAGAAUGCUCGGAUUCCAAUUUGCAAUUGAUCGUCGAGAAUUUGGCCAACAAGCUGCAGUCGUACGAGGAGACCAUCAAGUCCCUAAAGGAGCAGCUGUUGGACACCAAUAAAACGCUAGAAAGUGUUGUAAAAAAUUUGACGAAGGAAAAAAGAAACUGGCAUCCCCUAAGUACUAACACUGAACGUACGCAAAUGCCUUCGACCCGAAUUGUUUCGGACACAUGCCAGAAUUGAUAAUAACGGAGCGACGCAAAUCAUUUCGAGUGAAACAGUCUUCUCUCUAUCACUCUCGGGCGUAACGGAAGCGAAGUCAACGUAUUGGCUUUAUCACGUGUAUAUCCGGAAAUGGAGUAUUUUUUAAACGAUCGACAAGAGAAACGUACCUCGGAAGUGAAAGUGAAAAUAAAUGAAAAGACCCUGCUAUACAAUUUCAGCAUUAGAAAUCCUUUUAAUGUUCUGUGUAUCGCAAAUUUCUUCGCUCACCAUGUGUUUUGUAAUUGUUAUGUAACGGAUUAAUGUUGUUAGUUGUACAUUCUAGAUAAUACUUAUGACAUUUCAGAUAGACAUUUAUAACGAACCAUCUAAUUUAAUAAUUAGUAUCGAACCAUCCCUAGACCGUUGUUCUUUUAAUAAAACCAUUUUCGAUAAUUGUAUAGUACCUAAAUUUACAGAAUACAACAAUUAUUCGGAUAUUUUUUUAUUUUAUCAAAAUUAUCAAUGGACUCAAUUCACUAUAAGAAAUUCUAACUUAUUUAGAUUAUAUUCCCCUUAAUUUUUACGAAUAUGCAAGACAAAGUUGAUAUCGAAGCAACCGUUUCUGGUGGAGGGCCUACUGGACAAUCUGGUGUUGUUCGUUUAGGCAUUGCAAAGGGACUUCGAAACUUUGUUGAUAUUCAGAUGAUAGAAA